AUGCGAGGAACGGGGCCCUAUCGUCUUGACCCCCAAUCCUUGCAGAUGUUUGUCCUUGAUGAGGCAGACAUAAUGAUGGAAGAGUCGGGCUUCUUGAACACCUCAAGAAGGAUUGUUCAGAAACUUCCGAAAACCUGUCAACUCCUCCUUUUUUCGGCUACCUAUGAUGAGGAGGUGAUUGAUUUCGCUAGAACUAUCAUCCCUGAUCCAGUAGAGUUUCGAGUGCGGCGUAACCAACUUACUUUGACCAAUAUCAAACAAGUCUAUCUCUUCGCUCCCACUACCGAAGAGAAGUACGAUCGCCUCACCGAGAUUUAUGGUUCUUUCCACGUGGGUCAGGCCAUCAUCUUCUGUGCGACCCGACGGGAAGCUAGUUGGCUGCAGCGCCAGAUGACCCGUGAUGGCCACAAAGUGGUUCUCCUCUCUGGCGAAUUGGAUGUGCGGCAACGCGAAGCUGUGAUUGAAGACUUUCGCAAAGCCAAUUUUCGUGUUCUCAUUACCACAAAUCUCUGCUCUCGAGGUCUUGAUGUUCCUCAGGGCCGGGUAGACUGCGAAACCUACCUUCACCGUAUCGGUCGUUCCGGUCGAUUCGGCAAGGGCGGUCUGGCCAUAAACUUCGCUGGUCCAGAUGACGAGAAUUUGCUUCAACAAAUUGAAAACCACUUUGGUAAGAAUUAUAAAUUCUUUCUCCACCCCCCUCCCCCCUAG